GCAGGUUGUUGCCUCAGUUCAGCCCUCGUCAGGUGCCUGAGUGCCUGGUUUGUGAGAACUGUGAGCCUUGUGGGCUUGAAGUGAACAGAAACGAGGGAGUGGACUGUGUGGUGAAAGAGCUACAGGGCUGGGGAGCGGCAAGCCUAGACAGAGAUAGACACGGCGGAAGCACACACACACACGGGUGUGAUUAAAAGUCACAGAGGACAGAGGGGCGAGCUCAACAGACCGGAGUAAAUCAGAAAGGAGGACAAAAAAAAGACAUCAAACAAAUGAACAAAUACUGAGCUGGGAAUGGAUACUAAAGAACAACACAAAGGACAAAGAAAAAAGCAGAGGAUCUAAUACAAGUACCAACCUCUAAGUGGUAACAACCUCUACUUUAAAAAGUAGAUCAGAAUAAGCUUUGAACAGAUGUCUACUGGUCUAAUGGAGGUAAGUCUGAAAUGUUCAUGCUAUGUGUUGGGAAGAGCUGAACUGAGACACAAUCAUUUGUAGUGACACAGCAACAACCAAAAUGUUUUGUGUAAACAUGAGAAGUGUUUUUUGACUCAGAAGUGCUACCAGGAGAGUAUUUCCUGACAGGGAAAAAACAGUGUACAAGGUCUGCUUCAGCAAAGUGGGUUUUUUCUUCCCACAAAAUCGACAGCUGAAGAUGCACAACACAACCACACUGACAGCGGAGCACAUAUUUGCAGCACAAGAGAACUGUAACAUCAGCGAUGUCUUCAAAUACACUUUAUACAGCACUGUUUUCAGCCUGGUGUUUGUCUUUGGACUGCUCUUCAACAUGGUGGCCAUAUACAUUUUCGCUUGUACUCUAAAACUGAGAAACGAGACCACAACCUACAUGAUCAACCUGGCAGCAUCAGACUUGAUGUUUGUGUUGACUUUGCCUUUUCGGAUCUUCUACUUCAUCAACAAAGACUGGCCCUUUGGCCCAGUGCUCUGCAAGCUGUCCGUGGCCCUGUUCUACACAAACAUGUACGGCAGCAUACUGUUUCUCACGUGCAUCAGCGUAGACCGAUUCUUGGCCAUUGUUUAUCCUCUCAGAUCUAGAACACUAAGGACUAAACGGAACGCUAAGAUCGCCUGCUGUGCCGUUUGGUUGGCGGUGCUGUCCGGCAGCCUUCCUACGGCUUUCAUGAUGGAGACCACCUCACUGAAAAACCAAAACAACAACACAAUUGAUUACUGCUUCGAGAACUACUCUGAGAAGCAGUGGCAGUCAACGCUGUCUAAAGUGGUGGUGUUCAUCGAGACCGUGGGCUUCCUCAUCCCCUUUCUGCUCAACCUUGUCUGCUCCACCAUGGUCCUCCGGACGCUGCGAGACCCGCAGACGCUGUCUCGCGGAGGUCAGCUGAACAAGAAGAAGAUCCUGCGCAUGAUCGUCGUCCACCUGAUGACAUUCUGCUUUUGUUUCAUCCCUUACAACUUCAACCUGAUCUUCUACACCCUGGUGAGGAGCGACGUCCUCAAAGGCUGCGCAGUGGAGUCUGUCGCGAGAACCAUCAAUCCCAUAACGCUUUGCAUCGCGGUGACCAACUGCUGCUUCGACCCUGUCGUGUACUACUUCACCUCGGAGUCUAUCCAGAACUCCAUCAAACGCAAAACGCAGAGCAUCCGAAACGACUACAAGCUCAGAGAAACCCUCCAGAACAGUCCUAGACUGCAGACUAUCAGACAAAAGUUCAGAGCUGAUGAAUCAACCGUCUGAAGAGACUGUUAUUAGCGUCAAACAAGUU